UGCGUCUUGAAUGCUGCUUUUCGUGAAGCUGGCCGUGCCCGGUACAUCAAGCUUGGGAGAGACUUCCUGUUUGGUACAGCUCUGGCGCUAGUCCCAUGUGGGACGGAGCACUCGCUAUCUUCACACCCGUGCAACGGGCCCUACGUCAUGGCUGCCAACGUGCGCCUCGAUGCUUGUUUGCCCACGUCCUGUACAAUGUGUAACGGCCCAGCCCUGUCGUGAAGACAAUGUAAUCUCCUUCGAGUCUGUAGCAUCUUUUGUCGCGGCUUGGUUUUUGGCGGAAUCGACUCCUCGUCCUUGACCUGUCCCCUUCUCCUCCAGCAGCCGCGGCUCACUGAUGUCCUCUUCACCCACUGCCAGCUCACUCGUUCCGCUCAUCACGGCCCGUCUCAUCUCAACACCACGAGUCAAGGAGCCAACCAGCUGAAAAGUCCACCACCAUGGAUAUCCUCCUCUCUCUCCCGAUUGUCUCCUACUUCCUCGCGCCUUCGAUAACAUCAUGGACGACCUCCCUCAACCUCCUCUUCUUCUACAUGACCUGGACGACCCUCGUUCUGUCCCACGGGCCCCUAAAGGUCCAGCUCGUCGGCGUUCUCGCCAUCCGCCUCAUGCUCUGGCUGGUCCCCUCCCUCGUCUUCCUCCUCUUCGACACCCUCGUCCCCUCCAUCGCGGGAUCCAUCAAGACUGGCGGCGCCUCCGCCCUCCCGCCCGCCCACGGCCCCACACUCCUUAGAGUCCUGCUCCUGGCCAUCUUCAACCUCGCGUUGUCAGCCGCCGUCGAGGGCGGCAUCAGCCUCGCUUACGCCUCCUACUUUCCCGAACCCCUCUUCCGCGCUUCCACCGCCCUGCCCCUGCCCUUUCAGCUCCUGAAGCACCUCGCCUCCCUCAUCGCCGCCCGCGAGGUCCUGACCUACUACCUCCAUACGCGCGUCCUACACGGCCGCGGCGGCAGCCGCCGCUCAGCCCUGACCCGCGUCGCCAACCUGCACGCCUCCUACGCCCACGCCCGCGCCGCGCCGCCCUUCUCGCUGAUGCUCUUCGCCGACCACCCGCUCCCCUUCCUCCUACACCGAGUCGCGCCCGUCUUCCUCCCCGCCCUGGCCCUGCGGCCGCACCUGCUCACGUACUUCUUGUUCGUCGGCUUCUGUACCGUCGAGGAGACCAUGGCCAUGUCCGGAUACAGCAUCGUGCCGGGGAUCGUCAUGGGGGGCAUCGCCCGCCGGACGGCGGUCCACUACGCCGGCAGGGGGAACGGCAACUACGGCGCGUGGGGGGUGCUGGACUGGGCGCAUGGGACCAGCCAGGGGAACGACGUCAUCGACGACAUGCGCGCCGAGGCGGAGAAGCACCGCGUCAAAGAAAGGGGGGAAAGGGCGGCCAGCAACGGGGCCGAGUUCCUGCAGGACGGGAUCCAGGACUUGACAAAGGGCCGAAGCCGCAAAACAAAGAAGAACGCUUGAAGGGGGUGGCAUUCGCGACGUUUUGUUGCGAAUAAAAUACUUUGACCUGGACG